GUUUCCUCAUAGGAAACGGGAACGGCUAAACUCCGGACUUCCUGGUUCAUGCCUGUCUGAUAUAUGGUGGAACAGGAUGAGGAGAAGAAAACAAAAAUAAUCAAUGAAACUGGACUAUAUCCUCACUAAAAAUGAGUUGGAUUCCCUUCAAGAUUGGGCAGCCAAAGAAGCAAAUUGUCUCUAAAACUGUUGAAAGAGACUUUGAACGAGAAUAUGACAAGCUCCAAAAGUUGGAAGAUCAGACGAAAAAGCUUCAUAAGGACAUGAAGAAAAGCACUGAGGCUGAUUUGGCCAUGUCCAAGGCAGCAAUGAAGAUUUCUGCAGACCUGCUGAGUAACCCGCUGUGUGAACAGGACCAAGCCUUCCUGGAGUCUAUGACUGCUUUAGACACAGCAAUGAAAAGGAUGGACGCCUUCAACCAGGAGAAGGUCAGCCAGAUUCAGAAGACUGUUAUCGACCCUCUGAAAAAGUACAGCGGCGUCUUCCCCAGCCUCAACAUGGCCGUGAAACGCCGGGAACAAGCGCUGCAAGACUACAAGCGUUUACAGUCCAAGGUGGAGAAGUAUGAAGAGAAAGAAAAAACUGGACCCGUUAUGGUGAAACUACAUCAGGCCAGAGAGGAGCUCAGACCCAUCCGAGAAGAUUUUGAAGCCAAGAACAAGCAGCUGCUGGAUGAGAUGCCCAAGUUUUACCAGAGUCGCAUCGACUACUUCCAUCCCAGCUUUGAGGCCCUCAUCCGAGCACAGGUGGUUUAUUUUACUGAAAUGUACAAGAUCUUCAGUGAGUUAACGGAGCAGAUCGAUCAGGCUGGGCUGACAGACGAGCAGCGGGAGAAAGAGACGGAGGCCAAGCUCAGCGAGUUGCGAGCUCUGUCUAUCGUCGCUGAUGACUGAAGGAGGCCGGGAUCCUCCACACUGCUCAUUCAGGCCCACAGCCGAGUCCCUAACGUGAUUAUCACUUUGUUUCCUCGUGGCCCCGUCACCCCCAAACCACCCUCCCAUUUAGCCCUGCUCGUUUUGAUGUUCUAUUGUCACUGUGCAGCUGAAAUGUCACAUUAAUUAGGCCAUCAGCCGAGUGCAGCGUUAAAAGCCAACAUGCCUUUUCUUACGUUUAUGAAACAGUUCUUUUCACGAGUCUUUCUUGGCCAAACACUCUUUGUUCUCCGAGAAAAUACGUGUUGGACAUAUUUCUUACUCGCUCCUUAUUACAGCACUUUGAAAUGACACUACAGACCCUGAUGUUUUAUAGAACCAAACACUGAUGAGGUUUAUAUUUUGGAUUUUGUCUUAUCUUGGCUGGGGAUGUGACCACACAGCUGACCUCUGAAGUCCGCAUGCUGGCUGCAUCCAUCUCAAGUAGAAUCUGUCAAAAACUGAAGCUCUUGCACCCUCUCGUGGCAAACAGUGAUCAUCUUAACUCUUUCUUCACAAAUCCUUUGUUCUGUUGGUGUUUCAGCUUGUCUGGUCAGUAAAAGCUUCUCCCAUCAUUGUUGUCACUCUUAAGAAAAAAUCUUGUGUACUUGGGGUCAGAGGUCAGGUCAUUUGGCUUCAGCUUGGCAGCAUGAUGUUCUGGGCCAUGCACACGACUCCCGUUAUAUCAGUGGAUUGCUGUAGUGUCAUAUCAAGUUUAUUUAUUGAUGCCGUUUCAUAUUUAAAUUAUUGAAAUUGCAUGUAAAUUUUUUUUAACAAUGCAAUCUGCAACGUGUUUGUUUCAUGUGGUAUUUCAUGAAGGUGUUUUUCUGAAUCAGUAAUGAAGGUUUAUGUUGAGUAAUGGUUAAUUUUAACACUGUUUUAGUUCAUAUUAACUGUGGGUUUAAGUUUUUAAAAUCCAAUGAUUCCAUUUUGUGUAAUAAAUGAAUAAAUGUCAGAAGAUUUAA